CGUCAAGUCCCUCUAAAAAAUAAAAUAAAUAAAUACAUGAUAAAAUUUCAAAUUAUGUCUUCCGAUCAACCCGGUUUAAAAACUUCCCUUCCCUCUACCCACGCCGCCUCCUCACGACAAUCAGCUUCUCGACCUACUAAUGCUCGUCGUUCGCCACUAAAACCCCAACGCAAGCCCUCGAAACCAGAGCCCGACCCGCGUCAUCUUGCGAUCGCUCUACACCAUGCCAACCGAAUCCAAGCUCAAAAGGACACCCAGGAUCUCAUUCUGAACCGAAUCCUGGAACUGGUCGAGCUUCCCUCUUCCCCGUCCGCGGAUCCCGCCGCCCCAUCUCCCGAGGACGCGCACAAGUUCAAAGCCGCCUUGGUACCCUUCCAGCCGGCCGAUUACGAUAAUCUGGUUCUGGAGAGGAACAUCGAGGGCCUAUGUGGAUACGGCCUUUGCCCCCGCGAACACCGCAAGGAUAAUUCCAGGGGUACCUUUCGCAUCACCUGGGGCGCAAGGGGCAGUGGACCCGGGGGUCGUGGACGCGAGAUGAAUAUUGUCCCGCGGGAGAAGGUGGAAAUGUGGUGUUCGGACGAAUGCGCCGAGAGAGCAAUGUACAUUCGAGUGCAGUUGGCCGAGGAGCCGGUGUGGGAGAGGCGUGCCGAUGACUUGCGGGCCAAGGAGCUUUUGCUUCUCGAGGAAGGGAGAGCCGCGCAGAAGGGCAAAGCCGUCCCGCGGAAUCCAGCCUCCUAUAAGGAGGUGCUUGGUCAAUUGGAUAAUCUGCACAUGGACAUGACCCCGGAACCGAGUGCGGUCGCGGACGAGAUAAUGAAGCUUUCGGUGCAGGACCCUACGCCGUCUCGAGAACUCGCCCUGGAACGGGGGGAUCUCAACCCAGCCCUCCACACGGGCAGAGUCAAUGUCCAGAUUCAGGAAAACAUGAACCCGAAUGCCACCGUCACAGUGCCAGCGAUGCGACCUGGAGACGAGAAGGGCGGUUCCAUCGAAGGUUAUAUGCCACAAGAGCCGUAAUAUCAUGCCGGUCGACAUCUAGACUUGCGCCGGAGGUAAAUUUUUAUUCUUCUUCUUUUUAUAUUGCGUUUAGGGCGUUCUACAGGUCUAUGAUACCCAGAGGUUAUAAUACA